CAAAUAUGAAAACACUCAAAGAGAGAAUGUUAAAGAUAGACAAAGUAUUAUGCAUACCUAUACCAAUAGAUAUGUCAAAAGCUUAAUAUCCCUGAAUAAAGUAAGGGUCUUUUCAAAAAGAGGAAAAACAAUUCUUGUAUAAUGAAGGAACAAGACAAGAACAUUAACAAUGUAAGCAUGAUUAGUUCAAAUGCAGGAUGUAUCAUUAGCAGGACUCAAUUGAAAAAGCAAUAAUCAAUCUAGAUGUUGUAAUGUGAUACAGUUAGAAGUUAAACAUUAUCCUUGAAAUAAUUAAAGAUGAUUCACGAAUAAGACUAGAUUCAAUCCAUGCAAUCCUAAAAGGAGGAAUUACAGAAUUAGAUUAACUAAUUAGUGUAAAUGAAAAAAUAAAUAUAAGAACAAGAGGAGAAAAAGAAAAAACAAUUUAUCAUUUAAGACACUUCACUAUUGCCGCAAAUGCUAAAAUUGCAAUAGGAGAAGUUGUCAAUUGAAAAUGAAAUCACUUAGAUUGAUUCUAAGAUUGAAUAAGUCAGAUAUAGCAACAUUAAUAAAAUACAAGUUCUACAAAAAAGAAAUUGGAAGGAGGAGAAAAAGGUAACUUUGAGUAAGAUUCAUAUUUAUAGUCAUUCGAAUAAAAAUGGUUGGACCUCGAAUAAAACGAAUCUAAAAACGAUGACAAAUUGUACAACCUCUUUAUCCACGACUCUCCACCCUAAGAAGAACAAGUGGAUUAAAAGACAAUAGAUACCUUAACCAAAGAAGUUGAAGAUCUAUUAUGUUUAAAAUUGCCUGAUGAAUAGGAUGAUUAAUAAUUGUAACAAAGUCAAAGAAGCAAAUUUAAUUAGAACUAUUAGUCUCCGUUAUAAAUUAUUGAGGAAGAACAAUCCGUCGAAUUGUCUUUUUAAAAAUUAUGA